AGACCGAUUCAAACCUUGAGUCCUUCACAAGCUCCAGUCUCCAGCCCAAAUACAAACUGGUCCUUAUUUUGAGGGCCCUUCAUAAGUUAUUUUCUCCCAUUUUAUCCAGCCUUUAAGCCCUCAUUGUCAUGUUCAUUUUUUACUGAAAAUGCAAUGGCUGUCUCCAUAUUAUCCACUUGCCUGCUUCUUUCAUAGGCACUUUGGUAUCUACUUUCAUACUGCAGCUUAACCACACAAAACCUUCCUCCAAUUUGCAAAGCCACUUCAGAAGUCUUGCAAGACAAAUUCCCACCAUUAAACAUGCUAAACUGCCCAGCAGUGCCUAGGCCAGUGACCUAUUCAUUAUCAUCUUGUCCUUUUAAACCAGUGAUCCUCAACCAAGGUUCCCUCAGAUCCUUUGAACGAUGCUGCAAGAUGUGAGGAGAUAAGCAGAUGAAUUAAACACCAAGCACAGAGUCAAGCUUGCCUCUGCCUGGAUGAUUCCCCACCCUCACUGCCCAGCCUUUCUGCAAGGAAGUAAGACCUGUAAUAUAUAAAUUAGUUUUGGAAAUUGGGUGUCACUCAAUUCAAAAAAGUUACGGAGGGGUGUCUUAAGUCGAAUGAAGAGUGCCUCAAAUACAGUGAGUGAUGCCUCAAUUCAAAAAAGGUCACAAACCACUGAUUGAAACAAAGCAGCAUAAAACCUUAUUUUAACCUGAAUAAUGUAUGUAAACUUGUGUUCCUGAUAAUCAGCUCUUAUCUUACCCAGGUCCUACUUUAUUCUGUUCUACAUUCACUUGUCAGAUCUUGUCUUUAUUUUGAUUGUAAACUUCUGGGGGCAGGAUCUCUCAUCUUAAGCGUAUACAGCACUUACAAAAUGGGAACCAGCCCACCAAAAAUGGGAACCAGCCUAAACCAAGCAGACCUCUUGGCGCCACUAAACAACCACUAAGAGAGAUCAAUAGUAAUUAAAGCAAAACACAAGGGCUGAUAUUUUCUAAAGUACCCUUACACGUAAGUAAAUGAACUGGCAUUUAAUCAGGCUCUUAAGUGGAAAAAAUCAUGCAUUUUUCAGAAGUGUAACUGAAGUGGACAUAAGGAAAAUCUGCAUAAUGGUGUUGGUAAGACCACUAUGUGCACAGAGUAGUUAAAACAGAACACCUAACACAAUGUAAAUCAUAUCUAAACAGAUAUGAACAGGUCCAGAUGUCUCCCUGGUACCAACCCAGUGCUGGAAAGGCUGCCAAUGGAUUAUCUCAGAUGCCACCUACCCCUAAGUAAAAAAAAUAUAGUGCAAGAAAGAACCGUAACUGUUUGAUGCAAAAGUAACUUUUACCUAAAUUAUGAGGAUACAUAAAAAGGUAUGUUAAAAAGAAAGUUAGACAAGAUGAAAAGGACAGUGCUCACUCUGUGCUUAGUUGGCUGCUUGGGCCAGGUUCCUGACAGUCUAGGAAGGUUCUCCUACUAGCUGGAUGCCUAUACACACACACACAGAUACUUCUGGAAUGAGAAGAAAUAUUGGAGCCAGAACCAGUGCAGAGAUAAACCGCCAUACUAUACAGCUGGUCCUGAUGUCACUUUAUUUUGUUUUAUUAAAAGGAUAUGCUAAGAUUGGGGAGGUUCCAUGCACUUUUCCCACAGGGGACACAACACUGCUCCAGUAGGAUAAUAUGGAAAAAGCCCUAAAAAUAAUAACAACAACAAAUCCUCCCUUAUAGCAUUAUCCUGUUUCUGAACAAAAUACUUUAUUAUAGGGUUCUACCUUUUGAAAAAAAUCAAUUCUAUUUGAAAAUAUAGUAGAGAAAAUUAAGUAAAACUUGAAUUUGUUUGUUUAGAGGAAGAGAGAAGGGGCAAGAAUGUUUGAUACAUCCAAAAUGACAGAACAUCUGAAUAUAUGAUGCUAGUGUUUGGGAUACUGUUCUCCUUUCAGUUUCAAUGUCUAACAAGUGUAACAAAGGCAUCAGUGAGGAUUUCUAAAUGAUAUCUUUAUAUAAAGGUAUCAUAUAUACUGUACACAAAAAUUCAUUAUAGGUUUCAGCUUUACCUCUGUUAAGCCAAUGAUAAUGUAAAGUCAUUGCCAAUUGUUAAAAUUUUCAAUUACGUCAUUUAAAAGUAAUUUUAAAAAGUCAGUUCUACUUUAAAAUAAUAUACUAAUCUUUAAAACAAAAUUAUUCUACGGAUGGUCUCUCUCAUGUGCAAAUUAGUUCUUUUCUAAAACUACUUAAGUGGAAAUUAAGGCCUGCUUUAAUCAGGACCAUAAAUUGAGAUUAUAUCCUGUGAAUUUUGUUAAAUUGAUCCAUUAAAAGAAACUACUAAUCUGUACUGCCCUAAAAGUCUACAAAGAAACUAAUUAUCCAUGUUAAAAAAAAUAUAUACUUAAGUAGCAUAUGGCACUACAAGUACUAUACAAAAGGUUAUCCUCUUUAUUAUGAGUCACUCAUAAAGGAUGAACUCAUAAGCCACUGAAGUGGUUUCUAUUCACUCUGUGAAAUAUAUAAGGAUAGGCAUAGCUGGAGACCAUGUUAAUUUGCAAGGGAAACCCUCCUUAAUUCUCUGAAACCAUUUAACUUCUAUGCCAACUUUAAGCAACUAAGAAUGUGUUUCUCAUCCUACAUGUUAAUACUAACUUUCUCUCUUCUUUCCCAAGGUUUUCUAUUUUCAGUUUCAAAGUCUCUGCAGAAGGCAGAUGAUGACGACAUGCUACUAAACACCUUCACUCUAGGAAAAUCGCUGCGGAAUGGAGAUAAAACAGAGAAAACACGGGGUACACCUUCUCUUGAGCACUAUAAGAUGGAAGAUGCUAGUUUUCAGGAUGAAGGGGAAGACAGAAACCCAAAGUUCUUUAAUAUAGGUUCCAAACAUAAUUUCAUAAGCCACAGUCUGCCGCUGAACCUGGCUAUAAAACAGCUACCUUAUCUUGCCCUGAAGGGUUCAGUAGCUUUUCCAGCUGACACCGAAAUAAAGAAUACUGAAUCAAUACAGGAAAGGAGAGAGGUUGGUGAUGAGGAAAAUUCUGCUAAGUUUCCUAUAGGAAGGAGAGAUUUUGACAUACUCAGGUGUAUGUUGGGAAGAGUCUAUCGACCUUGUUGGCAAGUCUGAAAAUUGCUGGCCAGCCUCACCUUCCUUGAAGAAGAUUAAAUUAUUUGGUUGCCAGUUUAAUGAAACUUGAAGUUAUUGUGUUUUGGUAUUGUUAUACACUUAAAUCUAAGUACUACU